CAGCCACCCCAUUUCCCCCACCGCCCUCUCCCAAGCAUUCAACACCACUAACACCUCCUCCUCCACUUUCCUCCUCCCUCUCUUUGAGAUUCUAAACUCAACCCCUCUCUCUCUUUCUCUAUCUCACACAGAGAUUCUGAACUGAAUACCCAUGGAACUAACGAAGAUAAUCUUCUUCAUAGCCAUAACAAUGGCUGUAUCCAUCACUGUCACCAUCAGAAGCAUUGGGGAAGUAGAAGAGAAGCCCCCAUUAUUUCCUCGUAGCAUCAAUGAGGGUUCAUCUUCAAACACAUUGUCCGAAGGGCUUACAAUGCAAGAAGAAAAUCGAAUAAUGCCUUCUAAGAGACUGAGCCGUUUUCUUGCUGAAGAGAAAAACCCUAGAGCAGCUGACCAUUGUCGUAAAGACAAUGAAAUAUGCAAUCUUUUGGGAGGAAAAAACCAGACUUGUUGUAACAACAAGUGCAUGGACUUGUCUGAAGAUAGAAAUAAUUGUGGUGCUUGUAAGAACAAGUGCCAUUUCUCACAAACUUGUUGCAGAGGGCAAUGUGUAAGCCUAUCUUAUGAUAAGAGACAUUGUGGGAGCUGCAACAAUCGGUGCGAGAAAGGAGAAUACUGCGUUUAUGGCUUAUGUCACUACGCUUGAUGACAUUAAGUCCUUAUUAGCUCAUUGUGGAUUUUUCUUGCUUAUAGCCGGUUCAUGGUGGAUUCAGACCUAAGCUGUGCUGGAAAAAUUGAAUCCAAACAAGAAUUUUCCAGCGUAUGGUAUACGGAUCAGAGAUUCGUCGAUUAUUUAUCUUCAUUACAAUAAGAAACCACAUUGUAGUGGUUCUCAAAUGAUUUUAGCUACUUAAUUAUACAAUUAUAAUUAACUGUUACUCAUUUAUAGUUAAUCCUCAAGGAUUUAUAAUCAUAUAUGUAUCAAAAUGUCUAAAGAGAGAGUUAAAGUAUAUUAUAUGUAAAAGCUUGUUGAAUGUUG